GAUGCCAUGGCAGAAGCCGGGAAGCUGCCCCCACCACUGCCCCCUCGGCUGGACUGGUUUGUGCACACCCAAGUGGACCCACUGGUCCAAUACGGGAUCCCGGAGUGGUUCCACGGCACCAUCUCUCGAGAAGCUGCUGAGAACCUGCUGGAGUCACAACCUCUGGGGACCUUUCUCAUCCGAGUCAGCCACAGCCAUGUGGGCUACACCCUUUCCUACAAAGCCCAGACCUGCUGCCGUCACUUCAUGGUGAAGCUCUCGGACCACGGGACUUUCAUCCUUGCUGGGGACCACGUAACCCACGCCUCUCUGGACGCCCUGGUCACUUUCCACCAGCAGAAACCCAUUCGGCCAUACGGGGAGCUGCUGACGCAAGCCUGCGGGCAGAAGGAUCCAGCAAACGUGGACUACGAAGAUCUCUUCCUGUACUCGAAUGCCCUCGCUCAGGAUGCUGAAAGCCGAGGUGGUGGCCCCACAGAUGUUCAGAGGCCUUCUUCCUGCCCUCCUGAAGAGUUCCAGGCUCCUAAAAGGAAGCUUUCUGCAGCAACUGAUGGAAAGCUUGCAUCAGCCCCCUGCUCCCCAAAAGCACUUUUUGGGGAGGCGGGACAGAGACUGUGGAAGAGCCUGAGGACGCUGCCAGACACCAGCCGGAGGGUAAAACAGAGACUCACUUCACACCUGUCGGCCACGAACCUGCUCGGGGACAUCAGGCGUGAGGCGCAGCAUCGCAGCCCUAUGACUCGAGCAUCCAGCUGGGACAGCUCUCGCCACUCCGCGGACCCCUGUGCAGCCACCUCUCUCCAAAACCCCUCAGAGUCCCCGGCCUGGAGAGGCGGAGAAGCCACCUUCACAGCCUCUAGGCCUGCCAGCUGGAGGGAGGCGGUCUCAGGGGUCAAGGCCUGGCGUGGCAAGGUGGUGAGGGCCCUGUCGGUCCAGGCAACCAAGCCAGAACCUGUAGACUUGCCAGAAGCCCAGGACUGGCUACCUGAGGAAUACCUCCCACCACCACCUUUCGCCCCUGGGUACUGACAGCGCCCCCUCUAUCUUGGGCACCGGCCUCUUCUUUCCAGUCCCCACCCCUGUCCUCACAACCAGAGAGCUGUGUUAAAGAGGUUACGGGGCUGAAUUCUGCAGUUGCCAGCAGAGGGACCUGAUUAUUCUAAUAAUAAUAGAAGUACCUCUUUAGGGACUCGGGUGAGAUGGCCCAGCGGUAAGAGGGUAAAGGCGUUUGCAGGCAAGCGUGACUACCUGAGUUCGAUCCCCGGUACUCACAUGAUGGAGGGUGAGUCCCGACUCCUGACAGUUGCCCUCCGACCUCCACAUACAUGUUUUGAUAUACACACGUAGUAAAUAUAACUUUAAAAAUAAUUACCGCAGUGACUUGGUGGGCAGAGCACAUGCCAGGCCUGUGUCCCAACCUCUCUGACCGUGGGUUAGCCAUCUGUAUCCAUGGGCUCCACAUUUCACAUUCAGCCACAUUAGCCUACUUAGUGAAUUCCAGACCAGUGUUAAAAAAAAAAAAAAAAAUCAGAGCAGGCCAGAUGACUCCAGUAAGGCACUUGCAGCUAAGCCUGAGGAUCUGGGUUUGAGCCCCAGGACCCAUGGUGGAAGGAGAUCCGAUUCCUAUAAGCUGUCCUCUGACCUCCACACAUGUGCCCCUGUCCAUGCCAACAAAUAAAAAAAUUGAAAGCCAACGUGGACAGCCUUUGAGGAACAACAGCCAAAAUUGUCCCCUGACAUCUGCCUGCACGAGAACACACAUGAGCACAUGCACUCCCCCCCCCCAAAAA